AUGCGUCUUCUGUCUCUCUUGGGACUUGCCGGUCUAGCUGCUGCAACCAGCACCGGCGUUCCGACAACCACGGCUACGUCCACUUCCACGUCAAGUUCUACCUCUACCUCAACUUCUCCCACUUCCACAACCGUUGUUGCUGUUGCAAUCGAUGGCAGUGCCCAAUUCACGGCUAUUGGCGACGCAAUUGUGUACGCCCAGAGCCAUGGAAUUCCAACAGUAACCGUCUCUGCAGGCACCUAUACCCAGGCAGUUACCAUCUCAGCAACCCCGACAAUUACUGUCAUCGGUCAAAGCAGCAAUGAAGACGACUACUCCCAGAACGAGGUUACCAUAACCAACGCCGGUACUGUCUUGACUGUGAAUAACAAUGUCCAGCAAGUGGUCUUCAAGAACAUCAAUUUUUCGAAUACUGGCGCAUCCUAUGGUGCGAUGGUUCUGAAAGGAAACAAAUAUGCUUUCUAUGAUUGCCAAAUUGUUUCGACAGGAACGCUGGGAAUUACUGCAAGUGUUGGCCUCGGUGUUAUUGCCGACUCUUACAUCGAGGCCCUUGACAAGAUCAUCUACGGAGCCGCGAGUAUUUAUGUCUACAACACCGAGAUCGUUCCUGUUGACAGUUCUGCAAUUGUGGCCUACAUGAAGGGCACUACCUCCACUUCAUCGAUACUCUAUAACUCGACGGUUGUCUUCGACCAUGUCACAGUGGCCCAGAAGUCGGGGGCAUCCAACAGCAACGUCUUUUUAGCCUCUGCAAAUGGCGCUGGAACCGUUGUUGUUUACCGAAACUCCGUGUUGGGUAGUUUGUUUGCUGCCUCUGGUGUUCAUGUUGACACCACUACCCAAGAUGGUGAAAACCUUUUCGCAGAGUACUCCGACACUGGGGCAGGAGCCUAUUCAAGCAAUGUUGCCACUCGAUCAAAAUAUGUCUCUCUCUUGGAUGCAUCUGAGUUGUCGAAAUACAGCGUCGCUGCUGUCUUUGCUGCCGCCUACCCGACCUAUGCUUCCUCGGAUACCACCUGGGUUGACUCUUCCGUCUUGGCCGCCAUCGAGAGCGCAGAUGUGGUCACGACAACUUCAAUUGCUUCAGCUGCCACCUCCGCCACAGCUUCGGCUUCUGCAACCACCGGAACAUCUUCCGCUACCACCACGUCCGCCGCUGACGCCACAUCCACAUAUGUGGUGGAUGCAACCUCGGGCCCUUAUAAGAACAUCACCGCUGCUAUUGCGGCCCUUCCGAGUGACGGAAAAGAGUACACAAUUUACGUCAAGAGCGGCACAUACACAGAGCAGAUUUCUAUCACUCGCACUGGAAAGACCAUUCUCCGUGGUGAAACUACAUUUGUGAACGACUAUACCCAAAACACCGUCACUAUUGAGUAUUCAAAUGGAGUACUGACCAGCGCUGGUGAAGAUGAGACCACUCCAGUCAUCAACGCCAAGAACAGUGAUGGCAAGGGAUUGGCUAUCUACAAUAUCAAUUUCAGGAACACGUAUCCUCAAACCUCCAACACGGCUGCUCUCGCUGCUGAUUUCUACGGCACAGUUCAGGCAUACGGCUGCUCUUUUAUUGGAUACCAGGAUACUCUUCUUGCCAAUAAAGGCACUCAAGUGUUCUCGAACUGUUACGUUGAAGGCUCCAUCGACUAUAUUUGGGGAUUCUCGACCGCAUUCUUUUAUCAGUCCGUCAUCGCCGCUAAUACCGCGGGCGCAAGUAUCGCUGCUAUGAGUCGUUCUUCAGCUACUGCUACUGGCGGUUACGUGUUCGAUAACUGUGUUGUUACCUAUACGUCUACCUACGGAACUACCUAUCAGGACACCUGGCUCGGAAGACCUUAUUCCGAAUACAGUAUCGUUGUUUACAUGAACUCUUACCUGGACAAGCAUAUCAACCCUGCUGGCUGGCACAUUUGGUCAACAAGCUCACCUCAAACCGACUAUGUGACUUUCGGAGAAUACAACAACACUGGUCCGAGCAGCUGGUCUAGUAGCCGUGCAUCUUUUGCCACAAACUUGACUGAGACCGAGGCUGAGGCUUACACAUUGUCCAACUGGAUUGGUGAUACCUCUUGGCUCGAUAUGGAUGCUUAUAGCUACGUCCCAUCCUAUGAUCUGACUGGAGGGGCCAGUGCUACGGCUACGUCCACUGCAUCUAGUACUACGUCGACCUCAACUUCCACCUCUACAGCAGUCGCUACCUGGACUCACCCCACGAGCGGUACCACUCCUCCCACUGGUGCUAUCCUAGUCAGUGUUGGUGGAACCAUUGAUGGCUCCUAUAGCAACUUGACUGAUGCUCUAGCGUCGCUUCCCGACGAUACCACGACUCAAGUGAUCUUCAUGUAUGCUGGAACUUACGACGAGCAAGUCCCUUCCAUUGACAGAGACGGCCCUGUUAUGAUAAUCGGAUAUACCACUGGAAAUCCUGGUCAGAGCUAUGCUGAUAACGAGGUUACCAUCACCUUCUCUCGUGGUCUUUCCGUCUCUCCUUUGCCAACUGGUCACUCUGAUGCCGAAACCGCAACUGUCGCUACUGCUUCGACCAAAAUCGCAUUCUACAAUGUGAACAUCAUCAAUUCGGACAAUCUUGAUGGUUCGGAAUCAUCUUACGUGACUCUGGCUGCCUCAAUUUAUGGAAACCACAUCGCAUUCUACGCCGUCUACUUCCAGGGUUGGCAAGAUACUCUCCUCACUGGAAGCACCACUGGCUACCAGUAUUACGAAUCUUCGUACAUUGAGGGUGCAAUUGACUUCAUUUGGGGUUAUUCCAAGGCCUACUUCAAGGGCUGCACAAUCGGAGCCAAACGGGCCAAGUCGGCAAUCACAGCACAGAGCAGAGCCUCAUCCAGUGCGAUCGGAGGAUACAUCUUUGACCAGACUUUGUUCACUGCCGCAGCCGAUGCUACUGUUGAUCUGACGGAGACUGUGUAUCUUGGUCGCCCUUACUCCAAGUAUGCUCUUGUCGUGAUCAAGAACUCCUAUAUGACUGAUGUUAUCAAUCCCUCUGGAUGGAAGGUUUGGUCGACUACAGACCCUCGUACCGAUUAUGUUACAUUCGCUGAGUUCAACAACUCGGGCCCUGGAAAUUGGGAAAACAACGAGGCUGCCCGUGAGGCUUUCGGUUAUGCCACUCUUCUCACAGAGGACAGUUACUCUCUGGAAAGUGUGAUGGAUUCCACAGACUGGAUUGAUAUGACAUACUGGGACUCUAUCGAUACCCCCACCUCCGUCUCGGGGGCAUCGACAACUACUGCCACUGCCACAUCCUCUGCUACUGCGACUGCGACUGCGGCAUACGAUGGGACAACACCACCCAGUGGAGCCUACAUUGUCUCAAAGACCAGCCUUGGAAACAAUACAACUACAUACGAUACCAUUCAGAGCGCCCUUAAUGCCAUUCCGACUUCAUCCAAGAUCACCCCCACCAUUUUCAUUUACCCUGGAACUUAUGAGGAACAGCUUGUCAUCAGCAAGUCUGGAACUGUGGUUUUGGUUGGCUAUUCGGAAUCCACUUACGAUUACUCAAGCAAUCAGGUCACCAUUCAGUACAAUAAGGGUGUCGACACUCAAGCAGAUGAGUCCAACUCGGACAGUGCAACGGUUUACGCUACUGGAAACUACUUUGAGGCCAUCAACAUCAACUUCGUCAACAAUAAUGGCACGGAAAAGGAUGUCGCAUCUCUGGGCUUUGCUGUGAAGUCAAGCAAGUAUGCCAGUCUCUAUGGCUGCCAAGUUACAGGUAACCAGGAUGCCCUGUUGAUCAAUGGCUACUUGUGGAUGUCGAAUGGAUAUGUGGAGGGAAAUAUCGAUAUGAUUUGGGGAAGUGGAGCUGGUUAUUUCUUGAACACAACAAUCUCGCCAAAUGAGGACGAUAUCAACCUCACCGCUGACAAGCGCGCUACGGAUACAACCGCUGGAGGCUUUGUCUUCGAUCAAUGCACCAUCAUACCCUCGACUGGUGCAGGAACUAUGUCCAAGAUCUCUCUUGGACGGCCUUGGAAUUCAUACGCUCGAGUUGCUUAUAUCGACUCUUACCUUGACUCCUGUGUUGAGUCUGCCGGCUGGGAGGAAUGGUCUUCUUCCAGCCCACAAACCGAUGGUGUCACCUUUGCAGAAUAUGGUAACAUUGGUCCGGGUUCGAGCACUUCGGGCCGUGCUUCGUUUGCCACACAGCUUAAUGAUACCGGUGUCGUUCAGUUUGAACUGGAUAGCUUUUUCGCCACAACAUCUUGGAUUGAUCUGACGCACGUUGAUGGUGAACCUUUCGUUGCAGGUACCGCAUCGACUGCCACGUCGGCUACUGCUACUGCCACCUCCACAGCCAGUUCCUCUGUGUCAAGCUCUGUUUCCACGGAGACUGUUACUAGUACAAUCGAUAUUGUGGCGACCACCACUUCAAACAUUCUGUCCACAGUCACACCAACUGACAAGACUUCGACCGUCAAGUCCACCGUCACCCUGACGAUUACACCUGAUGUUGUUUCCAAGACCACAACAGCAAAGUCAACUAUCACUACCACGGAGACUGUUACUAGUACAAUCGAUAUUGUGGCGACCACCACUUCAAACAUUCUGUCCACAGUCACACCAACUGACAAGACUUCGACCGUCAAGUCCACCGUCACCCUGACGAUUACACCUGAUGUUGUUUCCAAGACCACAACAGCAAAGUCAACUAUCACUACCACGGAGACUGUGACCAAGCCGACGACAACAUCCACAAAGACCUCGGUUGUGACAGUUGACGUGGGCUCAACAGUUACACCCGAUGCAAAGACAGUUACCACGACUGAUAAAUCCACAACCACGGAUACUGUGACUGUCACUGGAAAGGCCACUACGACAACUGUGAAGAGCACGCUGACCACAACCUCGACAAUUACUGCUGAGGCUUCCACUAAGACCGUCACAGAUACCGCGACGAUCACUAGUGUGAAGACCACAAGCGCCGAGGCUGGGAAAACAACUUCUACCAUAUAUGUGACCGUCGGCACUGGAGGCACAACGACCAUCAGUACGAAGGCAACAACCUCAACUGUUACUUCCACUUCCACCAAGACAACCACCAAGACUGUGACAACAACAGUGAGCUGUGAUGCUGCCACAAAGAAGAUGAAGCGUGAUCUUCUCCCGCGGGAUGUCACUGAUGUAGUGACUGUCUAUGUCACGGAUGUCGAUGUCGUCACAAAGACUGCAACCACAACAUUGCCAGUCAUCACUGACUACAUUACUUCAGUCACCACAAAGACCACAUCGGUCGAUGCCUCUACUGUUACGGCAACUGUCACAUCCCUGGCUACUAAAAUUUCAAGUACCACAAUCCCAGCCGUGACCUCGAUCAUUACCACGGUCGAGACGACUUCGGUGGGUAAGACCACCACUCUGAAGGCAUCCACCGUCACCAGCACCGUUACAAGUGCAGUGGAAAAAACCUCGACAGUGACCGCGCCUGGUGAAACUGCGACAACUACGAGUGUCAAGACGACAACAGUGAAGAGCACGCUUUCGCUCCCUGCCUCUACCAAGACCACCACUAAGACGACAACCAUCAAGAGCACCACCACUCUUCCCGCCACUACAAGCACCGUGAUCAAGACAUCCACAGUGACGAACAGUCCCUCAGUCACUAUCACAGAGCGUGCUACUUCUACAACCACCAAGGUUGUCAGCACGACGUCGACUCAUACUGUGACUGCGACAAAGACGGCCAAGUGCUCCUGA